AUGGGUUGUGGCCAAGGUUAUGAGUAUCCUGAUGGGUCUGUCACUCUCAAGACGAUGCUGCGCUGUCCCAAAGAGGGCUGUGGUGAAGAGUUCGAUGGGCUGCAAGGCUUGGCGCUCCAUGCUGGCCAAGUACAUGGGCUGCAAAUGGACUGCCCAAGUCCACCAGAUAGCGGGAAGGUGGCGACGCAGAAGGUGACCCGCCUAAAACUUCCAAAUGGCGACUUCAUUUUGGUUUGCCUGUACCUUGAGAGUGUGAUGGAGUUUCAAGCUUUCGUUAAAGAGGAGUAA